CCGGACCUUGCUCGCUCUUUUCCUCCCCCCUCUCCUCCCCCCUCCCCCCUCGUUGACGGCGUGAUGCUGUGGCGCGACCUGAAGGCAUGGCAGGUCUUUGGAGCCAAUACCAAUGUCGGCAAGACCAUUGUCUCAACGCUGCUGUGUCGAGCUCUCCAGACCCCUGACCAGCGUGUGUUGUAUUUGAAGCCCGUCUCGACCGGACCCCGGGACGAGGAAGAUGUAGGGUAAGCUUGAUACGGACCAUGUCCCGGGAGGUUCCACACAGCCUGACACCCCUCAACAGACACAUCGACACCUUUGUGCCGGGGACGUUGUCAAAGAACAUAUCGCAGUUCUCACGCCCGUUAAGUCCGCAUCUGGCGGCUCAAUUGGACAAAGACGCAUCGAUCCCAAGGACAGACGCCUCGAUAUUGGCCCGAGUCAAAGCGAUUCUGGGGAAGCAUGUCGAGACAGGAGGCCGGUAUGCUAUCGUUGAGACUGCUGGUGGCGUCCUCUCCCCUGGUCCUUCGGGUACAGUCCAAGCGGACCUGUACAGACCAUUGAGACUCCCCACAAUCCUUGUCGGCGACAGUAAGCUCGGCGGCAUCGCGACCACCAUUUCAGCCUUCGAAUCUUUGCAUGUUCGGGGCUUUGAUGUCGACUCAAUUGUCCUAUUCGACGACCCCGAAUGGGGAAACUUCGAUUACCUCGAUAAGUAUUUCCAGAACCACGGCAUCUCGACCUUUGCCCUGCCCAAACCGCCCGAGAAGCAUCAAGACGGCGAAGAAGACAAGCGCGCACUUUCGAGCUACUAUGACGGCUGGUCGAACACGGGCGCCGCCCGAAACUUGCUCGACUUGCUCAAUCAAAAGCACUUCUCACGCAUCUCCAAGCUGACGUCGAUGCCUUCCCAGGCGGACGCAGUCAUCUGGCAUCCGUUCCGCCAGCACGGAAUACCCCACAACAUCAUCGCAAUCGAUUCGGCAUACAACGACCAUUUCCAAACCUACAACCAGGAAGCAGACCCGGCGCUCAAGGCGUCCAACCCGACCUCGCCUUCGCGACUCACUCCCCUCGCGGCACAGCCCACCCCCAAAUCCCUCCUCACGCCUCUCUUCGAUGCAUCUGCGUCAUGGUGGACACAGGGUCUCGGCCACGGCAAUCCAAAUGUUGCACUGACAGCAGCCCACGCGGCCGGUCGCUACGGCCACGUCAUGUUCGCGCACGCCGUCCACGAACCCGCGCUCGACAUAUGCUACAACCUACUGUCAACCCUGCAAAACCCGCGACUGAGUCGAGUCUUCUUCACCGACAACGGCAGCACAGGCAUGGAGGUCGCGGUGAAAAUGGCGCUGCGGGCCUCCAGCCAGCGGUACGGGUGGACCAAGGACGACGACGACGGCAAGAAUCCCGUGGCGAUUCUGGGCCUGAAGGGCAGCUACCACGGCGACACCAUCGGCGUGAUGAACUGCUCCGAGCCCAGCGUGUUCAACGAGAAGGUGGAUUGGCACCAGCCUUGGGGCCAUUGGUUUGACCCACCUUCUGUGCUGAUGCGGAAUGGCGUCUGGGAACUCACAAUGCCGGAAGAGAUGCACGCCGCAACUGGGACACAACAGUUUGAAUCCCUCAACUCCCUGUUCGACUUUGAUAGUCGGACAGAAGACGCAAAACAAUACGAAUCCCACAUCACCACGACCCUUGAACGUCUCGUCCGCGAUCAAGGCCGGCGAUUUGGCGCCCUGAUCCUCGAGCCCAUCAUCAUGGGCGCAGGAGGAAUGAUCUUUGUCGACCCACUCUUCCAAAGGACGCUCAUCAAGACAAUUCGGGCCAAUCCUCGUCUAAUCGCGCCCAGCGACAAAUCCGAGCACGGCGCAGCGGAUGUCGAAGGUGGUACAGAGUGGUCCGGCCUCCCGAUCAUUGCGGAUGAAGUCUUCACGGGCCUCUACCGCCUCGGCCGCGCCAGCUCGUCAUCUUUGCUGUCAUCUCCGUCCGACUUCAGUACCGCAGCCUUGCCGUCGACGACCUCUGGAUCCCCUCAGCCGGCCCUGCCGCCCUCCAUCGCGCCCGACAUUUCCGUGCACGCCAAACUCCUCACCGCGGGACUCCUGCCCUUGGCCCUCACCACUGCGAGCGAAUCGAUUUUCAACACAUUCCUCUCGGACUCGAAGACCGAUGCCCUUUUGCAUGGCCAUUCCUACACAGCACAUCCCAUAGGGUGUAUGGUCGCCAACAAGGCCCUGGACGAGUAUAGACGGAUGGAUGUGAGCCGGGAGGGCAGUUGGAGCCAGUUCAAGCGCGCCUGGUCGGCAGAGACACACCCACUGAGGUCUUCACUGGGCAAGAACUUGUCCUCUUCGUCGUCAUCGCCACCAUCCACCUCUGCCGCCCCCCAGGAACAGACGAACCCCGAGAUCUACUCCUUCUUCCCUCCUUCCCUCCUCCAAGAGCUCUCGCGCCAUCCCCGCGUGGCCGGUUGUUUCGCGCUGGGCACUGUUCUCGUGUUGAAAAUGGCAGCCCCGCAAGGUUCAACUGGAGGUUACACUUCGACUGCCUCUGCGGAGUUACAAUCGUGCCUUUUGACAUUGUUGGACGAGGACGGCUGUGGGAUCCAUUCGCGUGUCUUGGGGGAUAUGAUUUACUUCAUGACGAGUUUGACUACGACCGCGGAGCAGGUUGAACGUUUGGGAAGGACGCUGCUGAGUGCGUUGAAUAUGGAGCCCUGAGCGAUGCGCUAGUCCAAGCAGCCAUAAACUGAUGGUAGUGGCGCAAAGGGUGGUCCUUGGGUGAAAGGAACUCAACUCAACGGUACCGCGUCUCCAGAAGCAACACACAAUGAGUAUCAAUAGGGUGCCUUGCAACCAAUCUAGCUUCGCCAAACCGUUGAGGACACCAACCCGUGGAAGGUAGGUGCACGGCAUCAAUUCUCCGUGGAAUCCACGAGCCUCUCUUCAACAACAACCGCUCCCGCUCCUUUGCGGACCGUAUAGAUUUUCAUAGACCGCACCGCCAUUUGUAGAUCAUAAUCUCACAGACUUGAAGCUUGGCCAGCUGUUCAAGAUGCUCCCUCUCUAGUGCCUCAAUCAACAGUCUCCCUGGC